AUGCCAACAACUUGUGGAUUUCCAAACUGCAAGUUUCGCUCUCGAUAUCGUGGCUUAGAAGAUAAUCGUCAUUUUUAUCGCAUACCAAAACGACCGCUUGUUUUACGACAGAGGUGGUUGACAGCAAUUGGGAGGACAGAAGAGACAGUAGUUUCACAGCUUCGAAUCUGCUCAGCACACUUUGAAGGAGGAGAAAAGAAGGAAGGAGAUAUCCCAGUUCCAGAUCCAACGGUAAACAGUCGUCAUGAAUUGAAGCUGUUUCUGAAAUUCCGAACUUUUCAGGUAGACAAGCAGAUAAAAAUUGAACUCCCGCCGAAAGAAAACAAAAAUAGUGACCGACGGAGGAAACAGAACAUUCCUGCCAGGUUUUCAAGGCCAGAAUCGCCAUCAGGAGACAGUCCUUCAUACGCCAAAAAGAGUCGAGCAUUCCGUGAUUACUAUCCUCUAUCCGCGACACCAUCAUUUGAUCCAGCUCAAAGUCCACAAACUCCUAAUCAUCCCACAUCAGCAGAUCCUCAGCAAGCACUUCACGAUAUAUUAAGUAGUAAGUUUUGGUCAUUAUUAAAAUUUCAAAAUAAAUGUGUUUCAGUGACAAAUACAAGGAUGAAUGGCCAGUCAAGUUCUCGACCGUUAGUCGCCUUGCUGGAUGGUAGAGAUUGCUCAGUUGAAAUGCCAAUUCUGAAAGACGUGGCUACUGUAGCCUUCUGUGAUGCCCAGUCAACGCAGGAAAUUCACGAAAAGGUAUUGAACGAAGCCGUUGCUGCCCUAAUGUAUCACUCCAUUAAACUUGAAAAGGAGGAUCUGGAAAAGUUCAAACUUCUGAAAGUUGUUUUUCGUAUCGGAUAUGGAAUUGAUAAUAUUGAUGUGAAAGCUGCUACUGAAUUGGGUAUUGCAGUUUGUCAUGCACCAGGAGACUAUGUGGAAGAUGUAGCUGAUACCACACUUUCUCUAAUUCUAAACAUGUUCCGUAGAACAUACUGGCACGCUAAAUCCUAUACUGAAACAAGAAAGACUAUUGGAGCUGAUCAGGUUCGUGAAAACGCUUCCGGAAGUAAACGAAUGCGAGGCAGUGUUCUCGGACUUCUGGGAUGUGGUUAUGUUGCGCAAGCUGUGGGUCUCCGAGCGAAGCAGUUCGGACUUCAUAUUAUAUUUUAUGAUCCGUUUUCAAGAGACGGCCAAGACAAAGCGCUUGGCUUUGAAAGGGUGUUCUCAUUAGACGAGUUCAUGAGCCGCUCGGACUGCGUUUCGCUUCAUUGUGAGCUCGGCGACGAGACGCGUGGCAUCAUAUGUGCGGAUACGCUGAGGCAAUGCAAGCCAGGAGUUUAUAUUGUGAACACAUGUCAUGCGGCUUUGAUUAAUGAAAACGAUUUGGCCGCCGCGUUGAAAAGCGGACAUGUCAAAGGCGCAGCGCUGGAUGUACACGAUAAUGUUCGCUUUGAUUCUAAUUGUUUAAGUACAUCCUUUAGUUGGGUGCCCCAAUCUUAUAAAUACUCCACAUUGUGCAUGGAUGACAGAAACAGCAAUCAAGGAGCUCAGAAUUCAGGCUGCAAAAGAGUAUUUCAGAUUCGGAAAGCCAUCAAUGGCCGGUGUCCACAAGACCUAACACAUUGUAUUAACAAAGAAGCUGUAAUGCGAAAUGGUCAUCCAGUUAACCGAAGAACCAGUGCAGCAGCUCAUCCACUUCUCAAUAUGGGUUUUCCCGGUUUGCCAAACUUCCCGCCAAUGUCUAUGAGCCCUCACUUCCCUUAUCCAAAUCCACUUCUAGCUAUGGGAGCUCAAAUGGGAGCUCUCAACCCGUUCAUGGGCAAUGGUGCACUUCCAUUCAAUCCUGCUGCUGCUCUAUCAUCUCUGGCAGCGGCACAAGCUGCAAAUGCCCAACGUGGAUCACCUGCUAACCGUUCAAGUAGAUCAAGCCCAAGUCCACAGACAACUAACAAAUCAUCAGUGAGCCCGACCAACAAUGGUGUCGUUGUCAAAACGGAGCCGUCGUCUCCAGCAACAAAAGUCGAGGUAGAAAUGGGAGAUACCGACAAGCAGUCAAUGAUGACGUUCCUUCAGCGACUCAUCGCACCAAAUGGCGAUAGCAGUGUGUCAACCAACGACAGUGGUGUCGAGAGUGGCGACAAGGAGAAGGCUCAGUCCGAUGGUGAUGAGAAUAUGGAAGAUAUGGAGGUGAUAGAUGCGGAAAAGUUGAAAGAGGAGUUGAAUAUUGGGCAGCUAGCAGAGCCAGAGGAAAUCAGUGUCGGGUUGAAUAACGGAAACCGAAUUAACAUUGACGAGCAGCCAUUGGCUAUCUAA